UGUUGGCAUACAUACAUACAUAAUUAAUAAAUAAAUACUAGGAAUUUGAAUUUAAAUUAAUUUAAAUUAUAAAUAUAAUAUUAAAAAAUUAAAUUUAAAUUAAAAAAAAAAAUAUCAAAAAAUAAUUACUUUAGUUAAAAGAAAAAUUCAGUGCAUUCUAGUGAUCGAUAUGCGUGUAUUGUGCAGUGUUCUUUGCCUUGCAAUGGCUCUCGUUGGCUUAACAAAUGCUUUUCCUGACGGUGCUCCUGCUGAUACUUGCGUCAAACAGCGUGCCAAUCAACCGAAUCACGGAAAAGCGCGUACUCAGCCAGGUCAUACAAAUCCCUAUGAAGUCGUCGCCAAUUCGGAAACUUUUCAUCCUGGACAAGAGAUUUCAGUUCUAAUUUACCCCGUUGACAAUAAGGCCACUUUCCGCGGAUUCUUUCUGCAAGCGCGUGAUGCCAACUCCAACGAAUGGAGUGGAGAGUGGAUACAAAGUGAAAAUACUAAAACCAUUCCGGAAUGCUCGGCAAUAACACAUUCGGACAAUCGCGACAAGUUGGGGGCGAAACUUAUUUGGAAGGCGCCACAAAAUAAGCGUGGACGUGUCUAUUUUACGGGCACGGUAUUAAAGGAGUAUGGAACUUUCUGGAGUGACGUUAUUGCAAAAGUACAGUCUGCACCAUGAACUUAAGGACACGCUUGCUAUAAGAGCACUUUUUUUCUCGUACCCAGAGAUUCAUUUGUACUUAAAAGAUGUAUUAAAGAGUAAAACUACUUAAAAUAAACAACAAUUGGUUUUGUACCUUACGAUUUUUACACAUCUUGACAAAAGAAAUACAUACAGUUUGUCUCGAAAAUGCUUGGACAUACUAAAAUAUUUGAGUUGUUUGCACUCCUUUAACUAAAAUCUUCUAAUAAACAGAAGGGAUAGCAA